UAUAUACAGCCCCCCAUAACGUAACCAGACGUAUGGUCUCAGGGUCUGACCUUCUGUGGAUGCUACUGUCUCCUACCAUCCUUGUGUUGUCUUUUUUUCCCUCCCUCUUCUUCUCCUCUUGACUGGAAGCAAACAUGACUUUCUACAAACACUCAGGUCCCAGGAGUUAUCUUACCUCCACCAUGACCGAUCGCUUCGACUGCUACUACUGCCGUGACAACCUGCACGGGAAGAAGUAUGUGAAGAAGGAUGACAAGCACGUGUGCACCAAGUGCUUCGAUAAGCUCUGUGCCAACACCUGCGCAGAGUGCAAGCGCCCCAUUGGUGCUGAUUCCAAGGAGCUGCACCAUAAGAACCGCUACUGGCAUGAGGACUGUUUCCGCUGCGCCAAGUGCUACAAGCCACUGGCCAGUGAGCCGUUCAGCGCACGGGAUGAUGGCAAGAUAAUGUGUGGCAAGUGUAGCUCCCGGGAGGAUGGCAACCGGUGCCAGGGCUGCUACAAGGUGGUUAUGCCAGGAUCCCAGAAUGUGGAGUACAAGAACAAGGUGUGGCACGAGGAAUGCUUCACCUGCUUUGAAUGCAAGCAGCCAAUCCGCACACAGAGCUUCCUGACCAAGGGUGAUGACAUCUACUGUGCUCCCUGCCAUGACAAGAAGUUUGCCAAGAAAUGCUUCCACUGCAAGCAGCCCAUCACCUCUGGAGGGAUCAGCUACCAGGACCAGCCCUGGCACAGCGAGUGUUUCGUGUGCCAGACCUGCCAUAAACCCCUGGCGGGAACUCGCUUCACUUCCCACGAGAACAGUGUUUACUGUGUAGACUGCUACAAAACUGAUGUGGCCAAGAAGUGCCACGGCUGCAAGAACCCCAUCACAGGGUUCGGCCACGGCACCAAUGUGGUGAACUACGAGGGCUACUCCUGGCAUGAGUAUUGCUUCAACUGCAAGAAGUGUUGCCUCUCGCUGGCCAACAAGCGCUUCGUCAUCAGCGGAGAUCAUAUCUACUGCCCUGACUGCGCCAAGAAGCUGUGAACUGCACCGUCAGCACUGCAGAAUAUCACUGUUUAAAGUGGAACUACACCAAAAAUGACUUUUAGACAGUCACUCUGCAAAAGAGCAAAUUUCUCCUAAAGUUUUGGGAGUUUGAAUUUGAGGCCUCAAAAUGACAGAAACGUUUCUGAAUUUGCAUAAAAAUGUCAAAACAGUCAAUUUUGGUGAAACUUCUCUGUGGAGUUGACAGAUUAGGGGACUUUAAAUAUGCACUAGCUUGAAACAUUUAUCUACAUAUACAUUACUGCAACUUGUUUUAACGUCAGGGGUUGGAUACUAACAUGGCAACAGAAUAUUUUCUGUGGGAUGAGACGAAGUAUUAGUCACGAAAAGCCUUUUUAGUGCCUUACUGGAAUCUUUCAGAAAGCAUAAAAUGCUUUUUACCUGCAUACUGCUGCUCAUACGUACCAGCUUUGAUUAACUAUCUGUUACAUCUUUGAAUGCUUGAAUGGAUUUU